CAGCAUUUCUAUCGUCAGCGCCACGCCUUCGUUAACCCCCUCGUCUGUCGUCUCGUCCUCCGCUCGUCGCAUCCUCCCCACAGCCCAGCCGCGCCAACUCGCAAAACCCCAGCACAUGGAGGGGGUGGCGCCCGCCGCCUCGCUGUUCCGCCCGCGCGCUUCCGUGCGCUCCCCCGUGCUCCUCGCUGCGGAUUCCGGUGCCGCCCGCAGGAGACCCGGUGCAGACGGGAGGAGCGGGGUUUCGAGGCGUAGCCUUGAGGCGUCUCCGCCUGGAGGAGGGAGGAGCGCGGUGCGGAAGCACGGCAGUACUGGGGUCGCGCCUCGCCGAUCAGGAAUCACUAGAGUUCCAAAGCUUGGCCCUGCAGUUUCAACUAAAAGAGCAGGGAGGCGUAAGGAUCCACUUAUUAAUUUGGAGGUCUCUCAUCAUAGAGCGGCAGUUGCAGCGGUGAGGUUGCUAAGAAUUGAGAAGGGGAAGGCAUUUGUUGACCUUUUGAAUGAGAAAGCAAAUGAUUCUGGAGAUAAUGAGAUGGGGUAUGUGGAGAGGACACUAGGUUUCAGCACACGGUAUUUGGAGGACAGGGAUAUAAGACUGGUUACUGUCAUAGUUGCUGGAACUGUGCGUUGGAAGCGCUACCUUGAUUAUCUUAUCAUGUCACUAUGUAGUGAGGAGAAGGUGUUCAGGGAGAUGGAGCCACUGCUUCUGCAGAUAUUGCGAAUUGGAUUUUUUGAAAUUCUCAAGCUUGAUGUACCAGCUUAUGCUGCUGUCGAUGAGAAUGUAAGGCUUGCUAAAGUAGCUUUAAGGGCCGGUGCUGGGAACAUGGUGAAUGCGAUUCUGCGCAAACUUCUAUUGCUAAAGGAAAAAAACUCUCUUCCUCUACCAAAGAUAGAAGGUGAUGAUCGUGCCCAGGCUCGUGCUCUUUCCAUAAUUUAUUCUCAUCCUGUUUGGAUGGUGAGAAGAUGGAUACGAUUCCAUGGAAAAGAUGAAGCUCAAAGAUUGAUGAAUUGGAAUAACAGUGAUCCCCGUUUCAGUCUAAGGGUGAACACAUCGAAAGGCUAUACGAGGGCUGACCUUGUAAAACGAUUGGAGAGUUUACAGGUUCAUUAUGAAGAGUCAGUUAUGGAUGAAUUUGUCCGCAUUCGGGAAGGGAUGCAGGCAGUCUUACAAGCUGGAUUACUAAAAGAUGGCAUGUGUGCCGUGCAAGAUGAGAGCGCAGGUCUUGUAGUUUCUGUGGUCGAUCCACAACCUGGGGAUACCAUUAUCGAUUGCUGUGCUGCCCCUGGCGGAAAGACUCUGUUCAUGGCAUCACGAUUGUCAAGACAAGGGAAGAUAAGGGCUCUAGAUGUAAACAAAGGUAGGUUGAGAAUACUCAUGGAUGCAGCAAAGCAACACAGUCUCGAUGACAUGAUCACUGACAUCCAUGCUGAUCUUCAACUAUAUGCUAAGGAAACCACAGCUAAAUACGACAAAGUAUUGUUGGAUGCUCCGUGCUCUGGGCUGGGAGUCCUUUCCAAGAGGGCAGACUUGCGUUGGAAUAGACAGUUUGAAGAUUUGGAAGAAUUGAUAUGUUUACAAGACGAGCUUCUUGAUUCGGCAUCAACGUUGGUAAAGCCUGGUGGUAUACUAAUCUACAGUACAUGUUCGAUUGACCCUGAAGAAAACGAAAAGAGGAUUACCACUUUUGUCCAGAGGCAUCCGGAAUUUGCUAUACAAAGUGUACGAGGAUAUGUUCCUACAGAAUUUGUUACAGAUGAAGGUUUCUAUUCCUCAAAUCCAACUAAGCACUCUAUGGAUGGGGCAUUUGCUGCUCGUCUUGUGCGGUCAAUGCUCUAAGAUUCUAGGAGUGCCACAAGGCCACAACUAGUGAAUGCUAUCAAGAUAAUUGGCUUGGCCUUACAGCCAAUUCUCGAGUGAAAGAAGAUUUUAUGCAACAAGCCAACAAGUAAUUAAAAUGCAGCAUGUAGGCAUGCACCAAAGUAUUUACAGAGGGAUGUGAUUGAGGAGUGAGAUGCUGAAGAAUAGCCACAUGCUUUUUGCAUAUAUUUACACAAUCAUGUGUAUAUUGCUUGUCACUGCAGAAGCUGCACAACCUCCUGUAAACUGUUUGUGAGCCAUAUGUCACAUACUGUUCAUAUCUGAUUAUGAUCACCUUAACUUCCCUUUUUAUGUUCUCUCCUUUUUUAAAAAAAGAUUGUUCAAUAAUUAGCAAGCAGGGCUAAUCUUUUUGUUUGAGGAUUGGAGAAUUUAUGGGGAGCAUGCUAUCAAUGUUUAGUGAGUUUCAUCCUACUGGAGGCACUUAAGUGCUGAUCCAUACAUAUCACAUAUUCUCGUUCACACA